CCAAGAGCUGCUUCCAUCACCGCAUCCCUCCCCCUCUCACCUUGUCCCCUCCAUCUCCGCGGUCUCACCCUUCAAUCUGUUUCGAUCCUUUUUUCGAAUUUAGACUACACUUAUACUCGCUACAUAAUUCAAGAUGUUUAUCGCGCGAUCGGAAUAUGACCGUGGAAUCAACACCUUCUCCCCCGAGGGCCGGUUAUUCCAGGUGGAAUACUCUCUCGAAGCGAUCAAACUGGGCUCCACAGCGAUUGGUGUAGCGACCUCCGAAGGCGUCAUCUUGGGUGUGGAGAAGCGUGUCACGUCGACCCUCCUCGAGGCGUCCUCCGUUGAGAAGAUUGUCGAGAUCGAUCAGCAUAUCGGCUGUGCCAUGUCCGGUCUGCAGGCAGAUGCCCGGAACCUCGUUGAACAUGCCCGUGUCGAAUGCCAGAACCACGCCUUCCACUAUGCUGAGCCGCUGAGGGUGGAGAGUUGCACUCAGGCUAUCUGUGAUCUUGCCCUGCGGUUCGGAGAGACCGGCGAUGACGAAGAGAGCGUGAUGAGUCGGCCCUUCGGUGUUGCUUUGCUAGUUGCCGGUUACGAUGAGGAUGGCCCCCAACUAUUCCACGCCGAGCCGUCGGGUACGUUCUACCGAUAUGACGCCAAGGCUAUUGGGUCCGGAAGCGAGGGUGCGCAAGCGGAGCUGCAAAACGAAUACCACCGCUCUUUGACGCUGCCUGAGGCGGAGACACUGGUUCUGAAGACGCUAAAGCAGGUGAUGGAAGAGAAACUGGACUCGAAGAACGUCCAGCUGGCUAGCGUAACCAAGGAGAAGGGAUUCCGUAUCUACAACGACGAGGAGAUGGGCCAGUGUGUCGCGCAAUUGGGCGGGAAUCAAUGAGCGAGGAAUGAAUCACGAGUUUGUGGAUAGGCCAAUACGUUUUAUUACGAGUACGUAGUGGUCCUAUAUGGGACGGCAUGUUUUGAAUCGAACGAAAAAAAGACGACUGUCUAUAAUG